GAUCAGUGAAGCCAGUGCGACCGAAACCCUUGGAACGAGAUGCGAUCUGUACUGCUGCUGCUCCUGGUUCUGCUGCUCGGCUCCGCGUGCAUCGAAUGCGGCAGGGUGAUCUACUUCAAUCAACUGAAUAGCACACAAGCCGAGGAGGCGGCCAACAACAACACCGAUGCCCUGGGCAAGGGAAUGCUGCUCGAUAUGCGGGGAAAUCGCUGCCAACGUGGGUACGUUCGCGAUCAUCAUGGGCGUUGCAGAAGGCGUGUCUGAUAUUGGACUCCCCCACUGGGCAGAGUUAAAUUUAAAUGCGUGUUUAUUUUUAAGUCUGUUUGCCAGCCGAGAUUAAAACCGUCUACAGAUUUUGUAAAAACGAUAUGACAGAUAACAGCAAGUUACGCGAAUAUUGUGAAUAUGUUCCUGCUUGGCAACAGCAUUUCAAGAUAAGAUUUUAAUUAGAAGGGUUAUUCUCUUAAAUGUAUAAAUAAUUUCCCGAAUAACCAUUAAUUUAGUUAUUAUUUAAGCCUUCAUAAUAGUUGUUAAAUAUGU